CUGCGCGCUUCUGAGGGCACCGCCCCUGCCCGCCAGUCUGAUUGGGCGGGUGGGCGGGAGCGGAGACAUCCGGGCCCUCGGGGAAAGGCGCAGGGAGCGGCGGACCCGAGAGGGAACCAGCCCGGGGCUGGGAGGGUCCCGGGCGCGAGCCGGAGACGGGCGCCAUGGCGGAGCCGCGGAAGGAGGAAGAGGAGGAGGCCGAGGAGCGGGGCAAGCGGGAGCCGGGCCACCGGGCCACCGUCGCGGCCAAGAACCUGGCCAUCCUCAAGGCCCGCUCCCUGGACGUCACCUUCGAGGUGGGGGACGAGUACGAGGUCAUCGAGACCAUCGGCACCGGGGCCUAUGGCGUGGUCAGCUCCGCCCGCCGCAGAUCCACAGGCCAGCAGGUGGCGAUCAAGAAGAUCCCCAACGCCUUCGAUGUGGUGAUGAACGCCAAGCGCACCCUCCGUGAGCUCAAGAUCCUCAAACACUUCAAGCACGACAACAUCAUCGCCAUCAAAGACAUCCUGAAACCCGCCGUGCCCUAUGACGACUUCAAAUCUGUGUACGUGGUGCUAGACCUGAUGGAGAGCGACCUUCACCAGAUCAUCCACUCCUCCCAGCCCCUCACGCUGGAACACGUCCGAUACUUCCUCUACCAGCUGCUCCGGGGCCUCAAAUACAUCCACUCGGCCAACGUCAUCCACCGCGACCUGAAGCCCAGCAACCUGCUCAUCAACGAGAACUGCGAGCUGAAGAUCGGCGAUUUCGGCAUGGCCCGGGGGCUGUGCACCAAGCCCGACGAGUACAAGUACUUCAUGACGGAAUACGUGGCCACGCGGUGGUACCGGGCCCCGGAACUGAUGCUCUCCCUCCACGAGUACACCCAGGCCAUCGACAUGUGGUCCGUCGGCUGCAUCUUCGCCGAGAUGCUGGGCCGCAAGCAGCUCUUCCCCGGGAAGAAUUACAUCCACCAGCUGCAGCUGAUCAUGACGGUGCUGGGCACGCCGUCCGCCAAGGUGAUCCACGCCAUCGGGGCCGACCGGGUGCGGGCCUACAUCCAGAGCCUGCCCUCCCGCCAGCCGGUGCCCUGGGAGAGCCUCUACCAGCAGGCCGACCGCUCGGCCUUGGCGCUGCUGGCCAAGAUGCUGCGCUUCGACCCCCGGGAGCGGAUCGCCGUGGCCGAGGCCCUCAAGCACCCCUUCGUGGCCAAGUACCACGACCCGGACGACGAGCCCGGCUGCGUGCCCGCCUUCGACUUCGACUUCGACAAGCAGGUGCUCACCAAGGAGCGCAUCAAGGAGGCCAUCGUGGCCGAGAUCCGCGACUUCCACGCCCGCCGCGAAGGGAUCCGCCGGCAGAUCAGUUUCAAGCCCGCCCUCCGGCCGGCCGGCGCCGCCGCCCCGCCCGCCGCCGCCCCCUUGCGCUGCCAGGACGUGGACAUGCCCAGUGCGGGCUCCACCGGGGGAGACUACGCCAUGGAGUCGCCAGCCCCCGGGGAAGUCCCGUACCCUCCGGAGACCAUCGACCUGACCUCGCCCGGGGCUCCCCCGCAGCCCGAGGGGCCGGCCGAGGUGAAGGCGGAGCCGGAGGCCGCGCCGCCCAAGAGGGAGGGGGCCAUCUCGGACGACACCAAGGCGGCACUCAAGGCUGCGCUGCUGAAGUCGGCUCUGCGCAAUAAGAACAAAGACACCCAGUGCUCCGUGCCGGAGGCCCCGGACGUGCGGAAGCCGGUGACGGCCCAGGAGCGGCAGCGGGAGCGGGAGGAGAAGCGGAAGCGGCGCCAGGAGCGGGCCAAGGAGCGGGAGAAGAAGCAGAAGGAGAAGGAGCGGAAGGAGCUGCGGCGCGGGGACGUGCUGGGUGGGCUGGUGCUGAGCGAAAACGACCGCAGCCUCCUGGAGCGAUGGACCAAGAUGAUUGACCGGAACCACCAGAAGCCGGCUCACAACGGGCCCACAGACCAUGUUCCGGCUGUGCCUGCCGGGCACGUUCCACCGGGAGCCACCGGCCAACUCCCAGCUGCACCUGCUGGUCACGUUCCAUCAGGAGCCACCGGCCACCUUCCAACCGCGCCUGCUGGUCACGUUCCAUCAGGAGCCACCGGCCACCUUCCAACCACGCCUGCUGGUCACGUUCCAUCGGGAGCCACCGGCCACCUUCCAACCACGCCUGCUGGCCAUGUAACACUGGGAGCAGCUGGGCAACUCCCAGCCACCCCUGCUGGCCACCUUCGACCAGGAGCCACUGGCCAACUCCCAGCCACCCCUGCUGGCCACCAUCAACCAGGAGCCGCUGGCCACCUCCCAGCCACCCCUGCUGGCCACCUUCAACCAGGAGCCGCUGGCCACCUCCCAGCCACCCCUGCUGGCCACCUUCAACCAGGAGCCGCUGGCCACCUCCCAGCCACCCCUGCUGGCCACCUUCAACCAGGAGCCGCUGGCCACCUCCCAGCCACCCCUGCUGGCCACCUUCAACCAGGAGCCGCUGGCCACCUCCCAGCCACUCCUGCUGGCCACGUUCCUCUGGGUGCCGUUGGCCACCUCCCAGCCACGAGCUUCCCCGAGAAGGCGCCAGCCGGUGGCGGCCCCAAACUCACCGUACUGCCGAUAGUGGCAGAUCCAGCCCGCGGCUCGGUCCCCAACAUGGUCCAGUACUUCCCAGCCCCGCCCGGCCCCUUCCCUCCGGUUCUGGUGGCCCCCACACCUUGCCACAAAGCUUCGGCUAAACCCGAGUGCCUCCUGAGUGUCAAAUACGCCCCGGGUCAGAUCUUCCAGACCCCCUUUGGCCUGGCGGGGAUCAGCGCAUGGCCCGGUGUCCAGUGCCCAGAGAACUGGGCCGUGGCCGGGAGGCCGGCACCUGGGGAAGUCCCGACGACGCCUAGCGGGGCACCGCCGCAAGACGGGCCAUCAGUCCGUGCCGUGGGCAGCCUUGUGACACCAGGCAGGGAGGGCGUGGGGUUAGAUCCGGCCGUCUUCCUGCAGGAGAUGGGGAAGAGGGCGCCGGACCCAGCAGUGGGAGGAGUCAAAGGGCCCGGCCAGCAUCCGAUCGCCACGACCGCGUCGCCGGAAACCGCCCCCACCACGGAGUCGCCUGACAUCACCAUGGUCACGCACCAGCUUUCCAAGUCGCAGGUGGAGGAUCUCCUGCCGCCGGUCUUCUCGGUGACCCCCAAGGGCAGCGGCGCAGGCUACGGCGUGGGCUUUGACCUGGAGGAGUUCCUGAAUCAGUCCUUCGACAUGGUGGGGGAGAACAGGGACAGCCAGGGCGAUUCAGCCCCUCUCUCGGCCUCCCUGCUGGCUGACUGGCUCGAGGUCCAUCGGAUGAACCCCGCCGAUAUGGAGUCCCUCCAGCAGGAGCUGCAGCUGGGCUCUCCCAUGAUCCUCUCCGACAUUCCCGACCUCCAGGACGCCUGAGGCUGAGAUCCCAGCUCCCUUGUGCCUCCCCUCUCCGUGCGGGGGGAGAGUGGGGCCGGGACCAACCCCCCUCUUCCCCUCCCCCUGAGGUCAGGACCGGCUACGCAUCAGGGUCUCGAUGGGGCAAGCAACGAGUAGACACUUCCCCCUCCCGAUCGCCUGGGUCCGUGGCUGGUUUUGCCUGCUGUCCUGUCAGGCCUCAUGUUAGGCAGGGUCAGGAGGGCUCCAUGCAUGGCUGGGAGAGCUUGACCCAGCGGGCACUGUGCUGCGGGGCAAGGGCUCACGGGGGCGCCGUCCCCUGGGAGUCGGUGCUGGCUCCGAUGUCCCAGAGCAGCACUAGGGGGCGCUGCAAUGCAGUAUGGGUGUGUUUUGAUUUCCUUCCUGACCCCUCUGAGUUGCCCUGGAGCAUGAGCGUGGCUCACCCGUCUCUGACUCUUACUAAGCCGAGCUGCCUGGGGAAUCCCCGCCCUCGGUGGAAUGGGCCAGCGCUGCUGAGGCCUCGCUUUGAUCCCUGCCCACGCUGCAGCAUCGAGGAUUUAGCCCGGGCUUGAUCCCGUGGGAUGUGAAUCAUCAUCCUGCUGCGUCAGCCCAGCUGUCUCCUGUCAUUUCCCUUCUCCUCAUUCCUACCUCCGUCUCCCUCCUGUAACUGAUUUCUCAUCCCGUCCCCUAACACCCACCUUGCUCCCCCACCGAUCCCGAUCCUUACAGCCAUUUAAACACCUAACUCCGACCAGGAGCUUUAGGAGCACAAAUCUCGCCGGAAGUCAGUAGGGUUCAGGAUCCUAAUGGCUUGGAUCGCUGUGAGAUUCAGGAGCCUAAAUCCUGUAAGCCAUUUGGACGGUAUCUCUUCUUGCGUCAAUCUAAUCCCCACCCCCUUCAGUGGACACGGAGAACCACUGAUCACUGUCCUCUUGUAACAGCUCUGAACAUCUUUGAAGACUGUUUUCCGGCCCCCCUUCCAUCUUCUUUUCUCUAGACUAACGAUGCCGGUUUUUUAACCUUUCCCCAUAGGUCGGGUUUCUAAACCUUUGGUCAUGUUUGUUUCUCCCCUCUGGACUCUGUCUAAUUUGUCCACAUCUUUCCUAACAUCCAGCACUGGACACACUGCUCCAGCUGAAAUCUCACCAGGGCCGAGCAGAGGGGAGAAUCGCCUCCCAUGUCUUACAUAUGACACCCCCGUUAAUACACCCCGAAUGACAUGAGCCUUUUUUGCCACUUUCAUUUAGAGUCGAGUGACUUUUUCUACUACAAACCCCGCAAAUUCGGUGUAACCGAAACCUUUCAAAAAGCUGGCCUUGGUUUUGCAGAAUUGUUUUGGUUGGAAAACCAGCCAAAAAACUCCAAGGACAAUAAAAAAAUUGACAUCUUAGAGCCGAAACGUUUUCAUUUUUCAAUUCCAAAUUUAAUAUAAUAAAAAAAAAAAAUUAAAACCAGAAAGCCACAGAAACCUUUUGUUUUGACACUUUCGGAGUCGAGUUUUCUCUUGGAAGCGGCUGUUCGUACAGAAAUUACCUGUAAAAAGGUAAAAAAAACCCAGCUCAAAAUAGUUAGUUCGACUGAAAACAGAUUUUUUUUCUUUUUGAUUUGCCAGACGUUUUUAAAAAUUGCGUUUUCUGUUUGGCCCAAAAUGAUUUUUUUUUUUUUUUUUGCAAAAAACCGAAUACUCCAUCAGUUUACUCUGGUUCCCACUCUGCGUUGAUUCUAAUCUCCAAUCCCCUCUUUACUUUCCUAAUAUAAUAUCUAUUCUCAUUGUUUUAACCUGUCUAAUCUAAUCCUCACUCAGUGUCUCAUGUAUUAUCUAGUCUCCUUUUAAUCUACCAAAUUUAACCCCCAAUAUAAUCUCUUCCCCUUUUUACCUGCAUAGUCUAAUCUCAUUCUCAAAUCUAAUCCCUAAAAGCUGCUCAGAACUUUUUUUUUAUUGAAACAACUGGUUUCCAUUUUAAAAAAGCCGUUUUGACAACACCGAUUUGCCCCCGCAAAUGGUAUCAUUUCAACUCACUGUUGUUUGCAGAAAUAGAAUGUUUUCUUUGAAAAUGUCAGACAUUUCAGUAUUUUGUUUGGGAACGACCUUUCAUUUUGAUAUUUAUUUUAUACCAAACAAAAACAAAAAAAUUCCUCUUGUUUUGAAUGAACCAAAAUGAAACAUUUUGACCCAAACUGAACUUUUUUGGCUUGCACAAAAAAUCUUGCAAUUUUGGGGUGAAAAAAAAUCUCAAAGUUUUUCCGGGAACAGAAAAUCCAUUUUCCGAUCAACUGUCCUAAUCCCCAGGGUGUGUCUAAUCUAAUCCCCAAUCUCUUUCAUUUUCCUGUUUUAUCCAAUCCCACUGCCUAUCGUCAUCUAAUCCCCAGUCUUCUCAGAUUCACCCAGGGAGCAGAGAC